AUGGGAACUCCUUCGAAACCCCGCACUAGACAGUCUAGCGGUUCAGGAAAGGGUCUUCUCAGAGGAGCCAGGGAUACCGACUCACGCCGCUCACCACGCACUUUACUUGCCAGUCCCGCCAAGCCCCCAUCACCUCCCGCCAGUACGGCGUCGGAUCCGGAAGCGGCCCCGAAGACGGUCCAUCACGAUUUGACUAACGGUUCCGAGGACAUUGCUCCUGAGAUCGUCGUCUGGACCGAAAAUAUGGACAACAUGGUAGUGGACUCGCCAGAGUCGGCCGUCCCGACCACCCCCGCCACUCCGACCUCGGAAGGAAAGGCAGUUCCUUAUGUUGGAGCUCACUUCUUACGAAUAUACGCUGAACCGAACGAUAGCACACCCGUACCUCCCUCCACAGCGACACCCCUGACCGCGACGCUCUCGAAUCCGAUACAGAAUGGAACGCCCGUAAAAGAGUCCUCAUUAUCAUCACUAUCCUCAUUAUCCUCUAUGUCCGACCAAAACGAUUUCUCGUCCCUUGCACUGUCCGGAUCGAGCAAGGCUACUACCCCUGUCGAUGGCGACAGCUCAAAAGAAGCUCUAGCGGCCGGUGUUGCUCGUUCCAGCCAGCCGAUAGACUCGCCGAGGCGGAGGUGGGAUGUACGACCCAAGGUUUCCAUCCCCCCUGAUCUACCACUCUCCGAAUAUGCGAUGCAGUGCGUUGCGGCUGCUGAGGCCUCGAGGCUCAAUCCCUAUUCACUCCACCAGGAAGAGUACUUAAUGCUGCGGGACCAUAUCAGCCACACCCAGGUGACGACGUACUUGAACAUCAGGAACGGUAUUUUGCGGCUCUGGGUCCGAAACCCACAAAUACCUGUUACGCGUGAAGAGGCUGUUGGCUGUGCGAAGGACUCGCGGUGGUUCGACGUCGCCAGUGUCGGCUACGACUGGCUUGUCCGCCGUGGCUACAUCAACUUCGGAUGCGUCGAGGUGCGGUCAUCACGUAAACACGGCAAGCAAAACGACUCUUCCCAGCGCAAGCAGAAAACUGUGGUCGUAAUCGGCGCGGGCAUGUCCGGUCUCGGCUGUGCGAGACAGCUCGAGGGGUUAUUUGCACAGUAUGCGAAGAAGUUUCGCAGUCGAGGCGAAGAGCCGCCUCAGGUGGUCGUCCUCGAGGGCAGGGAUCGGGUUGGUGGCAGAGUCUACUCUCGGGCCUUCAAGUCGAGGCCGAAACAAACUCCGGACUUGUUUGAGGGAAAGAGAUUCACAGCCGAGAUGGGAGGUAUGAUUAUCACCGGGUUCGAGCGAGGUAAUCCGUUGAACAUCCUUCUCCGGGGGCAGCUGGGCCUCGCCUACCACGUUUUAAGGCCGGAAACAACACUCUACGAUCCCAACGGCAAACCAGUAGAUCUACAUCGAGAUCAGCUAGUCGAAAAUCUUUACAACGACUGCCUCGAUCGAGUCAGCGAGUAUAAGUUCAAGCCGCCAGCAUCGAAAUUGAUCGAGGCCAACAGAGACCUGAUUGACGAGGGCAAGGACAGUUCAGCCGAAACACAUAAAACAAUACGGCAAGCGGAGGAAUCCGCUGCAGCUCAGCCAUAUGCUGCACCCGUGUCAGAGCAGAACAUUGCCCCGCGGGUAAACCUCGUGCCGGUCUCGACCGACCGAGCAACCGGAAAGAUACACACAGAGCCGGGGACGCCAGGCGCUCUCAAGGCAGCCCACAAAGCAAAAAUGAUAGGCUGGACACUGAAGCAAGGCGUCAGUGACGACGCAGACCUGGAUAUCGAGACAGCGACGAAAGAGCCCGGCGCUACUCUCGGGAGCGUAACGGACAAAGUAAUUGCCCAGUACAAGGACCUACUAGACCUGACUGCGCAGGACUUCAGGCUCAUGAAUUGGCACAUUGCGAACUUGGAAUACAGCAAUGCAACCAAUUAUCGCCAGCUCAGUCUUCAGGGGUGGGAUAUCGACGCUGGCAAUGAAUGGGAGGGGAGUCACUCCAUGGUUGUCGGCGGUUAUCAGAGCGUUCCGAGGGGGCUCAUGCAUUUGCCUACUUCCCUAAACGUCAAGCAAAAGUCGCCCGUCAACAACAUUUCAUAUACGUCUGGUAGCACCGCAGGCCCGGCAACGGUGACUUGCGAAGAUGGCACCACCGUAGAAGCCGAUUUUGUUGUUAGCACAAUCCCUUUGGGGGUGCUGAAGCAUGGAAAUGUGAAGUUCGAGCCGCCUCUCCCGUCGUGGAAGUCAGACGCCAUCGAUCGCCUUGGAUUUGGCGUCCUGAAUAAGGUGAUCCUCGUGUACAAGGAGCCCUUCUGGGACGAAGACCGCGACAUUUUUGGCGUGCUAAGGAGCCCGACCAUCCGGCACAGUCUAGAUCAGAAAGACUACGCCUCUCAACGGGGACGCUUCUUCCAAUGGUUUAAUGUCACAAGGACCAGCGGCUUGCCCGUUCUAAUAGCGCUCAUGGCUGGCGAUGCGGGGUUCGACACCGAGCAGACUUGCAACGACGACCUCGUCGCUGAGGCCACCGGCAUCCUCCGCGGCGUUUACGGGUCCCGCGUCCCCAAUCCCAUCGAGGCGGUCGUCACGCGCUGGGCUUCGGACAAGUUCGCUCGCGGCAGCUACUCAUCCGCAGGCCCAGACAUGAAGGCCGACGACUACGACACCAUGGCCCGCCCGAUCGGCAACCUCUUCUUCGCCGGUGAACACACCUGCGGCACACACCCGGCCACCGUCCACGGCGCGUACCUCUCCGGUCUGCGCGCGGCCUCCGAAAUCCUCGACGCCAUGAUCGGCCCCAUCCAAGUCCCCACCCCUCUCAUCCUCCCGAAAGACGCCUCGUCCGUCCUCGGCACCAAGCGCAAAGCCAGCUCCCUCCUCGAGGGCGGCGGCGGCGUAAGCGGCCCUCCCCACCCCAACCACCCCAACAACAGCAACAAAGACGCAGCCCAAGCCCGCCUCGAAGCCUACGAGACACGCCUCUGGGAGCACAUCGCCGCGCAGCUCGGCCCGCGGCCGCUGCCGCCCGCAAAGCCCGCCACCAACGCCUACAUCUUCUACAGCAAGGCGCACUACGAGGACGCGCGCGCGCGCCUCGACGCCGCCCGCCGCCCGGGCAAGGGCAAGCCCUCGGCCAACGAGGUCCGCGUCAUGAGCGCCAAGAUGUGGCGCGACGCCGCCGACGACGUGCGCAAGCCGUUCCUGGACGCCGCCGAGGAGCAGAAGAGGGCGUAUCUCGCUGCGCUCGAGGCGCAUAAGCUGGCGGCGGCGGAGUGGGAUGGUAAGGCUGUGGAGGUGAGGGAGGGUUGGGUGGCGGCGAAUCCGGAUCCGGGUGGUCCUGGUGGUGUUGGUGGGGGUGGGAAGGGGGAGGUGGAGGGUGGCUUGGGGUCGGCGAGGAGGAGUAAGGUGAAGGUGGAGAGCUAUGCGGAGGUUGAUAGUGAGGCAGAUGGGGAAGGGGUUGAUGACGGGGAGGUGGGAGAGGAGAUGAAUGUGGAUGUGGAUAUGGUGGGGGCGAGGUUGGUGGGGUAG